AUGUCGAAGCUUUUCAUAGGCGGCCUAGCAUGGCACACCGAAGAGGCCACUCUGCGCCAAAAGUUUGAGGAGUUUGGCCCGGUUGAGGAAGCGGUGGUUGUCAAGGAUCGAGACACCGGCCGCAGCCGUGGCUUCGGUUUUGUGCGAUACGUACAAGAAGCUGAUGCCCAAGCUGCCAUCGCCGCUAUGAACAAUGUCGAGUUUGACGGGCGAACUAUCCGUGUUGAUAAGGCAUCCGAUAAUGGUCCCCGAGGCGAGAGAUUCGGCAACCGCAACGGCGGCGGAAUGUAUGGAAGCCGGGGUGGUUACGGAACGCCACCAGGAUCCUACGGCAACGCCGCCCCCCCUGGUUACGGCGGCGCUCCCAACAUGUAUUCACCGGUUCCAUAUGGCCGUGGUUACCCACAGCAGCCGCCGCAGUAUGGCGUGCCUCCGCAAGGUUACGGCGUCCCAGCCCCAUACGGUGGCUACCCCAACCUUCCUCAGCAGCCGCCACAGCCUCCUCAAGGAGGCGGCAGCUACUAA